CUCUGUCCGACAAAGUGGCCCCAGCUACCAGGCCACCUUAGGUCGUCCGUGGGCCUCUCACGGGCUGGCUGGGAGCAGAGGCCGGCUUAUCUCCCUGGGCCCUGUCUGCUCCUUCGCCUGCGCUCAGGAAGCUGGGGGUGGGGGUCCAGCAGACAGGAAACCCAAGGCCAGCUGGCCGAAGUCUGGAGAGCCCAGAGCAGCUGGCACCCAGCCCUGGUAGCAUGUGGGUGCUCCUGCUGCUGUGGCCCCUCUGGGGUUUGAACACUCUGGGGUUCAGCCCUGAGAGUGGCGCCAAGACCCCCAGUGUCUACGAUGAGGACGAGAGCGCACAGGGAGGGGAUGAUGGCACGCCGGGACCUUGGACCAAGCCCCAGGUGGCGACCCCGUGCCCGUCCCUCCCGCGCAGCUUCCCCGGCUGGCCUUGUGCCAACAACAGUGACACUCUGGAGCUUUGGGACAGCUCUCGGGCACUGCUGUUGGGCUGGGUGCCCACAAGACUGGUGCCCACUCUCUACGGGCUGGCCCUGGCGGUGGGGCUGCCCGCCAAUGGCCUGGCGUUGUGGGUGCUGGCCACGCAAGUGCCUCGCCUGCCGUCCACGGUGCUGCUCAUGAACCUGGCGGCUGCCGACCUGCUGCUGGCCCUGGCCUUGCCGCCCCGCAUCGCCUACCACCUCCUGGGCCAGCGCUGGCCCUUGGGCGAGGCCGCCUGCCGCCUGGACACAGCCGCACUCUAUGGCCACAUGUACUGCUCCGUGCUACUGCUGGCUGCCAUCAGCAUAGACCGCUACCUGGCCGUGGUUCACCCACUGCGCGCCCGCGCCCUGCGAGGCCCGCGCCUGGCGACGGGGCUUUGCGCCGUGGCCUGGCUGGUGGCGGCCACCCUGGCACUGCCCCUGGGGCUGCAGCGGCAGACCUUCAAGCUGUCCCACUCCGACCACGUGCUCUGCCACGACGUGCUGCCCUUGGGCACCCAGCUCUCCUACUGGCGACCUGCCUUCAUCUGCCUGGCCGUGCUCGGCUGCCUGCUGCCCCUGCUGGCCAUGCUGCUCUGCUACGGGGCCACACUGUGUGCGCUGGCCGCCGGGGGCCGCCGCUACAGCCACGCGCUGAGGCUGACUGCGCUGGUGCUGGCCUCGGCCCUGGUCUUCUUCGCACCCAGCAACGUGCUGCUGCUGCUGCACUACUCGGACCCGGGCCCGGAGGCCUGGGGGCACCUGUACGCAGCCUACGUGCCCAGCCUGGCGCUCAGCACCCUCAACAGCUGCGUGGACCCCUUUGUCUACUACUACGUGUCCACCGAAUUCAGGGACAAGGUGCGGGAGGGGCUGCUCCGCUGGGUGCCGGGUUCUGCCACGACUUCCAGGGAGGGGGGCAGCCGGGGCACGGGCACCUACUCCUCCUCCCUUGUAUGA